AUGAAAUUAUUUAUUUUUGUAAAAUUCGAUUUUCUCGUUUUAGAAUUCAAUCAAUUGAAAGAAACAAAAGAAAAUGUAUCAAACUGUUCAUCAUUUUUUGAAAAUACGACUGAACUUGAAUGUACAAACAAUGAAUUAACUGAAUUUUUGUUAACUGAUGAAUAUACAUCAUCAAUCAAUAUAGAUAAUACAGAAAAUGACGAAGAAGAAGAAGAAAAAUCGAUUCGUUCUGAUAAAGAUGUGCUUGAUAAUGGUUUUUAUUUAUUUAAAUCAUCAUCAAUUCUAUCAUGUCGUAUUCAUCAAACUUGUGAAUGUAGUACACAAACUUCUAUACGAUAUGUUUCACUUGAUCCACCAUUAACAACAGCUGUUCGUCGACGACGACGUGUCAUUAAAUCAAUUUAUAUACAUGUUCAACAAAAAAAAAAUAUAUUUAAAAAACUUGUUGAUCUAUUAUUUUGGACAAAACCAUCAAUGAUCUAUGAAUUAUGUUUACAAUUUUUAUAUGUGUAUGAUGAAAUAUUUAAUUAUAGAGAAGGACAUACUUUUGUCAUGUUUUUUCGAAAGAAGAUUUGGUAUUUAACUAUUGAAAAGAUUAAAUAUGUUGAAUGUCAAUUGGGUGAACAUGGACCAGAAUUGACAUUCAUAUUUAAGUACAAAAAUCAAUUAACUUUUGUUCAUGUUUAA